AUGAGUGACGACUCAAUUGCGGUGCAGCGUCUACGACAAGAGCGCAAGAACUGGCGACGGGAUCACCCGGCGGGUUUCUGGGCUCGUCCUAUUGCCAAUGACGAUGGAUCAUUGAACCUCAUGAUGUGGCACGCAGGUAUACCGGGAAAGACCGGGACGGACUGGGAAGGUGGUGUAUUUAAAAUGUCGCUGGGCUUUUCGGAGGAUUAUCCGAGCAAACCACCCCUCGUUAAGUUUACACCACCUCUCUACCAUCCAAAUGUGUAUCCAUCCGGUACAGUUUGUUUAAGUAUCCUGAAUGAGGACAAGGACUGGAAGCCUAGCGUGACUAUCAAACAGAUUCUCAAGGGCGUGCAAGACUUGCUGGAUCAGCCAAAUAUGGCCGAUCCAGCCCAGCGAGAGCCGUACAUGGACCUGAAAAACGAUCCGGAAUUGUACAAACGCAAAGUGCGUCAAUUGGCACUCAAGAAUCGAGAAACUUAG